CUUGAAAAGCGAAACUCUGAGUCUAGCUCUCUGUCGAUGUCGUCUUCUCUACCUCAGAUUUUCUACCUAGUAAGAAUUUUGCUCAUGAAUUAAGAUGUCUUCGAAAGUAUCUACCCCUCGUUUGAUCAGCAAAGUUGGAACAAGAAUAUUAACGUGUGAACCUACUGAGCUCUAUAAUAUCCUCCAACAGGCUACUGUCUUUCCUGCGCUAAGUGAUCCAAACUACCUUUUACUAUUAGAUGCCAGACAGACAAAUGAAUAUAAUGAAAGUCACAUCUUAACAUCCAAAAGAGCACCAAGGACUGCAGAAGACAAAUUUCUGGUUCCGUAUGGUGCAGAAAUUGAAUGCAAAAUGCAUGUGAUCGUCCUUGAUAAUAAUACUACAAGUCUUUCAAAAAGAGAAAGUCCAGCCUUUAAGUGUGCCAAGGUGAUGGCAGAGGCAGGAAGUAGAAACCCAGUUCGGAUUCUAAGAGGAGGUUAUGAGGAAUUCUCUGCACUCUAUCCCUUCCUCAGAACACAGAAGAUAUUAUACAUGCCACAAGAGAUGGAUGAACUUCGACCUUACCCUGUUGAAGUACUUCCAGGUCAUCUGUACCUUGGUAAUUAUCAGCAAGCAUGCAGUCCUGGGGUGAAGAAAGAUCUGAAGAUCAAAGGAGUGUUGCACAUCUCACAGGAUGCUGAGGAGUUGCAAGAGGGGCUUGUUGGAGUUGAACUAAUGCACUGUCCUCUGCCAGAUGGAAAUGAAGCAGACAUGUUAUCACAGUUAUCACAAGCUUGUCAGUUCAUAGGAAAGCAUGUAACAGAGAAAAAUGCAAUUCUUGUAAGUAGUGAGCAUGGGAUAAGUCGGAGUGCCGCAGCGAUCCUAGCCUACCUUAUGUAUCAUUACAAGUGGACUUUACAGAAAGCAUACAAGCAUCUGCAGACCUGCAAGAGCAACAUCAGACCGCAUCGAGAUUUCAUUUCCCAGCUCUCAAAAUGGGAGGAACAGAUAUUUGAAGAAGGCGUACAGACAGAUAUAUCAGACCCAUACUACUGAAAGCAACGACAAUACUUUGUUAUAGUUCUCAGGCAGCCAAUUCAAAACAAUUUUUUUUUGAACUAUGCAAUAUAUUAAGAAUAAAGAUCAAAGCAUGAGCUUGUGUUUUUUCAUGAAGUCUUUGUGCUUGUUUAUAAAGUAUAAAGGUGUGUGAGAAAUUAUCAUUACAUCAGUACUGCCGUAUCUCUAUGCAACCUUUACUGGUAAUUUAUGUUAGAAUGAUGAUUGAUUUAGAGCAAUCUGAACUUGGGAAUGACUUUGAUCGUAAUCAAAGUCUUGUGAUAAAAUCUGAAGUUGUGAUUGAUUCUAAUCCGUUAUAACUCUUUAUGACAUGGCCUAAAAGCAUUUCAUCAAUGUAGUGCUGGAAUUGGAAAUUAAUUCCUUAUUUUUAACAAAAGAUCUGGGGGGUGUUUCACAUAGAUUUAAGUAUGACUUGGAGUUGUACUUAAAUACAGAAUUGUGCGAGGUAUGAAAAGCUUGACCACAAUGGUCAGAUCAUGUCAUGAGGACGUGCACUACUGCGUAUCUAUCAAUAAGAUUGUGCGUUGCAUUUUAAGUACACGUCUGCAUUUAAGUGCGACUAAAGUCAUUCUUAAGUCUUUGUGAAACACCCCCUGGAACAUUUUCUACAUACAAAAUCUGCUGUACCGUUUGUGCCAAUUUUGUCUAUUGUAAUAUACUUCUCUGCUUUGAAAUUAUAUGUGAUCAAAAAGAUUGUCCACCUGGGCAUUGUUACAAAUUCAUUGGUUGUAUCUUUACAAAAUGCAAAACCAUUGUGCUCUAAUACAUUGGUCCACCGAAUAAUUGCUGGAGGUAUUAUUGACUUUACAGCUUAUUUUGAAAGAAUGAUAAAAAAUAUGCAAACUAUUGCCUUGUUCAUUUUUGUGUGAUUUAAGAUGUUUCUAUCUUAUAUCAUCAUCUACAUGUACUUUCUUUGAUUAUGCAAGAAUUCAAUGAAGGUAUUAAGCGAAAUGAAGAUCAAGGAAUGCUAAUCAUUCAUAUUGAACAUUACACAGCUUUCAACAAAGGAUUUCAUGAUCAUUGUACUUAUGCAUUACGAACAAAUCAACUUUGUUAUGAAAUGUUCAAAGAACUAUUUUCUCCACUUUGCAAUAUUUUAAUAUUUUUACAUCCCUGCAAUGAAUAUUUAUUUGUAUUCUAAAUAAAUGAUUUGUCAGUUCCAGGUGCUCAUGUAAUAAAUAUAUUUUCCCCCACUGUAUUUUCCAGGGGAAAAUUUGGAGCUCAAUGAUGUAUUGAGCAUGAGCAUGCUUUUCUCCCCCAGCAAAAAUAUUGAAAACUAUAUGGAGCCACUGCUGAAUCCCGGGCAUGGUGAACAGCUGGUUGUAUCUAUUAGGAAACCCUUUCAGAAUGGGGGGUACAGACUACAGACAACUAGAACAAGAUCAAAAGCUCAAAAUUUACCAUUCAAAAAUAUUCAGUUUAACUUGCCUAUAUGUAAUAUAACUUUGUACAAAUGCACCACAUUAAGAUAAGAUAAUCUAAUCGACUUGUUCUUUAAAAUGAGCAGUUUAAUGAUAAUAAUAAACAAUAAUGCUCAAUUCUUGUAUAGCGCAUCACACAUAGCAUGUCCCUAUGCCCUUCGCAUGUCCUUUUUCUCUAUUAUUCACAUCACUUCUAGCAGUUCUGCACUAAAUAGCUAAUGUACAUUUUUAAAACAAUGGUUUAACUUGCCUCUAUUUUUUGUGUUUUUGACUUUUUUCAUGUAAUUUCUUAAUAACAUACUGGUAUUUCUUAUAGAAAAAUAUUUUACUCCUAGAUACUAGAGAUAUUGACUAUUGUAGAUCUAAAAAGGAGUACAAUAUGCAUAACCUGAGAUACUAUUGACAUUAUGAGCAUACCAGUAGUCAUUUAUAAGCAACAGUCUGUAUCAUUCUGGGGAGCUGCAAAACGAAUGUAUGAACAUUCCAAUGUUUACAAUGUGUGAGCAUUACAUGAUCAUGUAGAAUCAAAUUAGAAUAUUAUUUGAAAUAAAACCCAAAAGCAGAGCUGCCAAGUAUUACGGAUUUUCAGCAUUUAGUACUGAAAAAUGAGAAUACUACUGAUGGUUUCAGGCAAAGCACUGAUUUCUUAAGUUUCAGUUUUUACCGGUAUGUAUUUGUCCUAUGGUAUUUCUUUAAAAAUACUGAUUUCCUCAGCAAAAUACUGAUUUUCAGCUUUUUUUGUAAUACUGCAAUGUUCUUGUUCAGGCUGGCAGCUCUGCAAAUAUGUAUUUAUGAAAAUUUAGUGGAGUCAGAAUUGUGACCUGAAUGCCUUGAUUUCUCUAUUAAGACCAAGGGUAAGGAUGUAGAAGGGAUUUUAAAUAAAUGAGGAUAAGGAUUUUCAUAAGGGUUUGGUUAGAGGAAAGUUGCAUUUCACUUGAUACAGGAAUAUUGUACAUACAGUCCCAACACUCAAAGAAGGCUUACUUGCUGACAAUAUUGUGAUGGUCUAUUUUGAAUAUUUUCUGCACAAUAACAAAGGUUGUCUAUCCUUACAAUUAUUCAUGUACAAUCAAGUUAUCUUCAAAUCUUCUACAUGAAAAAUCAACCAACGAUUUUAUCAUUGAUGUGAUUGACGAUUGAUGUGAACAAAUAACAAUAUGCAAUAUACUUCCAUUUCUGUAUUCUUCUCUAUUUAUUAAUAAGCAUUGAUGAAUAAAUUUCACUUAUUUUGUA